UCGGCCUGCGCGCCUCAGCCUGGCGGUUCUACCUCCGAGGGUUCACCCGCCCUUGGUUUUCCUUACACCUUCGCCUUUGGCUCCUUUGACCACUCGAAGCCCCACAGCGGGUUCCAGCGGACUUCACCAGCGGACCCAGAAGUGGUGGGUGAAACACAGCCUCUGUUCCUCCUUGAGCCUGUGGGGAGCUGCUGCCUGCCGCCAUCAUGUCUGCUGCAAAUCCUGAGACUCCCAACUCAACCAUCUGCAGAGAGGCCAGCACCCAGUCUUCAUCAGCUGCCGCUAGCCAAGGCUGGGUCUUACCAGAAGGCAAAAUCAUGCCAAACACUGUUUUUGUUGGUGGAAUUGAUGAUAGGACGGAUGAAGCUGAGAUCAGAAGCUGCUUUGGUAGACACGGUUCAGUGAAAGAAGUGAAGAUGAUCACGAAUCGAAGUGGUGUGUCCAAAGGCUAUGGAUUUGUUUCAUUUGUUGAUGACGUGGAUGUCCAGAAGAUAGUAGAAUCACAGAUACAUCUCCAGGGUAAAAAGCUGAAGCUGGGCCCUGCAAUCAGGAAACAAAAGUUCUGUGCUCGUCAUGUGCAGCCAUGUCCUUUGGUAUUUAAUCCUCCUCCUCCACCACAGUUUCAGAACGUCUGGAGGAAUCCAAACACUGAAACUUGCCUGCAGCCCCUAAUCACGCUGAAUCCUGUAACUCAGUACGUUCAGUCUGCUGCAAAUCCUGAGACUCCCAACUCAACCACCUGCAGAGAGGCCAGCACCCAGUCUUCAUCAGCUGCGGCUAGCCAAGGCUGGGUUUUACCAGAAGGCAAAAUCAUGCCAAACACUGUUUUUGUUGGUGGAAUUGAUGAUAGGACGGAUGAAACUGAGAUCAGAAGCUGCUUUGGUAGAUACGGUUCAGUGAAAGAAGUGAAGAUAAUCACGAAUCGAAGUGGUGUGUCCAAAGGCUAUGGAUUUGUUUCAUUUGUUGAUGAUGUGGAUGUCCAGAAGAUAGUAGAGUCACAGAUACAUCUCCAGGGUAAAAAGCUGAAGCUGGGCCCUGCAAUCAGGAAACAAAAGUUCUGUGCUCGUCAUGUGCAGCCAUGUCCUUUGGUAUUUAAUCCUCCUCCUCCACCACAGUUUCAGAACGUCUGGAGGAAUCCAAACACUGAAACUUGCCUGCAGCCCCUAAUCACGCUGAAUCCUGUAACUCAGUACGUUCAGAUGCCACCACAGCGGCCUGUUGGGGAGCAAAGGAGUUAUGCUGUACCUCAGUCUGCUGCAAAUCCUGAGACUCCCAACUCAACCACCUGCAGAGAGGCCAGCACCCAGUCUUCAUCAGCUGCCGCUAGCCAAGGCUGGGUUUUACCAGAAGGCAAAAUCAUGCCAAACACUGUUUUCGUUGGUGGAAUUGAUGAUAGGACGGAUGAAACUGAGAUCAGAAGCUGCUUAGGUAGAUACGGUUCAGUGAAAGAAGUGAAGAUAAUCACAAAUCGAAGUGGUGUGUCCAAAGGCUAUGGAUUUGUUUCAUUUGUUGAUGACGUGGAUGUCCAGAAGAUAGUAGAGUCACAGAUACAUCUCCAGGGUAAAAAGCUGAAGCUGGGCCCUGCAAUCAGGAAACAAAAGUUCUGCGCUCGUCUUGUGCAGCCACGUCCUUUGGUAUUAAAUCCUCCUCCUCCACCACAGUUUCAGAACAUCUGGAGGAAUGCAAACACUGAAACUUGCCUGCAGCCCCUAAUCACGCUGAAUCCUAUAACUCAGUACGUUCAGGCUUAUUCUACUUAUCCAGAUUCACCAGAUCAAUUUAUAUCUAUAAAUUCCGUCAUCCCUGGAUAUCAGUUGCCUGUAUAUAAUUAUCAGGCAUAUCGUACUUAUCCAAAUGCACCAGUUCAGGUCAUCACUAGAUAUCAGUCGCCUGUAUAUAAUUAUCAGGCUUAUUCUACUUAUCCAGAUUCACCAGGUCAAUUUACAUCUAUAAAUUCCGUCAUCCCUGGAUAUCAGUUGCCUGUAUAUAAUUAUCAGGCAUAUCGUACUUAUCCAAAUGCACCAGUUCAGGUCAUCACUAGAUAUCAGUCGCCUGUAUAUAAUUAUCAGGCUUAUUCUACUUAUCCAGAUUCACCAGGUCAAUUUACAUCUAUAAAUUCCGUCAUCCCUGGAUAUCAGUUGCCUGUAUAUAAUUAUCAGGCAUAUCGUACUUAUCCAAAUGCACCAGUUCAGGUCAUCACUAGAUAUCAGUCGCCUGUAUAUAAUUAUCAGGCUUAUUCUACUUAUCCAGAUUCACCAGGUCAAUUUACAUCUAUAAAUUCCGUCAUCCCUGGAUAUCAGUUGCCUGUAUAUAAUUAUCAGGCAUAUCGUACUUAUCCAAAUGCACCAGUUCAGGUCAUCACUAGAUAUCAGUCGCCUGUAUAUAAUUAUCAGGCUUAUUCUACUUAUCCAGAUUCACCAGGUCAAUUUACAUCUAUAAAUUCCGUCAUCCCUGGAUAUCAGUUGCCUGUAUAUAAUUAUCAGGCAUAUCGUACUUAUCCAAAUGCACCAGUUCAGGUCAUCACUAGAUAUCAGUCGCCUGUAUAUAAUUAUCAGGCAUUUCCUGCUUAUCCAAAUUCACCAAUUCAGGUCACCACUGGAUAUCAGUUGCCUGUAUAUAAUUAUCAGAUGCCACUGCAGUGGCCUGUUGCGGAGCAAAGGAGAAAUCUGUGGACCGAAGCAUACAGAUGGUGGUAUCUUGUCUGUUUAAUCCAGAGAGCAGACUGAUAAAUUCUGUUGUUACUCAAGAUGACUACUUCAAGGAUAAAAGAGUGCAUCGCUUCAGAAGAAGUUUGACAGUAUUUAAAUCUGUUUGAUCCUCUCAGCUGUCUAGUUCUGUGGGAAGUUGGUGGUUUUGAAUAUUAAGCUAAAAGUUUUCCACUGUUCCAGAAAUUCUGAAUUUUGGUAAAUCACACUGAAACUUUCUGUAUAAGUUGUAUUAUUAGACUCUCUAGUUUUAUCUUACAUUGAAACUGUUCUUCCUUAGAUGUUUAUUUAGAACCUGGUUCUGUGUUUAAUAUAUAGUUUAAAGUAAAAAAUAAUUGAGACUGAAAGAA